UAAAAGAAUCACACUAAUAGUAGUAAACUACUACGUAAUGGCUAUCUCAAAGAAGCAUUUGCUGUUUAGUGUUGUAAUUUUGUUGCUUGGGUUUCUGUUGGCUUCCUCACUCCCUGCAGAAGAGGACAGACGCCCACCUACACGACCACCCACACAACCACCUACACGACCACCCACACAACCACCUACACGACCACCUUCUCCUCCUCCACCUCGUCCACCACCUCCUCGUCCACCCCCACCACCUCCACGUCGUCCACCUCCACCACCUCCUCCUUCUCCACCACCUCCACGUCGUCCACCUCCACCACCUCCUCCUUCUCCACCACCUCCACGUCGUCCACCCCCGCCACCUCCUCCUUCUCCACCACCUCCUUCUCCUCCGCCGCCUACCCCUUCACCACCUCCUCCUCCUCCUCGACCCAUUAAUCCACCGGGAUUUAAUUAUUUCCUGCUAGUUUUACAAUGGCCAAAUGCUUAUUGCAGUUCACGUGGCACGUGCAACCCACCUGUGCCAAAGCAACAUUUUACCAUUCGUGGACUUAGGCCACAGAGGGACUUUGGGUUGUUGCCUCCAGUUUAUUGUGAUACUGAGGAGAGAAUGACGGACGAUAUUCUUGAUGAAUUGCGAGGAGAUCUGCUCGAAUACUGGCCACGAUUAGAAAAUGCAGAUAACUUUUUUACGAGCAAGUUUUUAUGGAUAGACCAGUGGAUCACGUACGGGAGCUGCUCUUCCAACAGAUUCCCCCCAGAUGCUUAUCUUGAAACCGCUAUUGCUCUUGCAAAAGAUCAUGGUCCACUUAUCAUGGAUGAAAUGGCGCAUCGAGGUAUUGAACCAGAUGGAAGUACUCUCCACACCGCAGAGGAGGUUUUGGAAGCCAUUAAGGCAGCAACGAACACAGAAGCACUCAUAACAUGUUCUAAGGAUGAAUCGGGUAGACUUCAACUUGAAACUAUUCGCCUGUGUGUUAACGUAAAUGGGGAAACACUCCUAAAUUGCCUAAGUAGCAGCCCGCAGGGUAAUUGCGAGGAGGAAUUUAUAUUUCCCUCUCCACCAACUUAAUUUUCUAUCUUCUAUGCUGGAUGUUGAGGAAACCGCUGGGAUCUAAGACACCUUCCGUUUGUCAGGGAAAUAAAAUAAUAAAGCAAUAUCCAUUUAGUAAUGUAAUUUAUUUAUGCAACUACUUUGGUUCUUAUGUUGUCUUGUAUCAUUAGUUAAUUAAGGCAAUAGAAAUGUUGUCAGUAUUGGUACUUAAUGCAUUAAGUGCUGUGUUUUCACUUUUCAGGG